UUUAUUAUGUAGAAAGCUCAUCUUCAGUGUUACGCAGGAAAAACUGGCCAGGUUUCAUUAACUGGAUCUAUCGAAAUAAAUUUCACUAAAUAAACCCAGACAGAAACUCGGCGACAUCUUUUUCACAUGCCGUGCCGCUACAGAAGUGCAGGAAAAUCGGUCGCAGGUUGGCAUCAGGUAGAUUCUCAUGACGGGCAUGAUUUAAUGCCUGUUCUGUCAUGUGCCAACCUUUGUCAUCUUUCGGAUAUCUGAAUAAGCUCCGUUUAACUUAUCAUGAUUAAUUUGCUACUGCAAGCGAUUUUCUACCAGUGCCUUUGCGAGCCUCUGAUUGUCAGUUCAAGAAUUCAUGGUCGAUAUACAAAAUCCCUUUCCGACUUCCACUUAUCGAUUCCACAUAAACUGGCUGCUGAUGGUAAAUUUUCUACUUUCCACCUGCCUCAUUUUCACGACCAUCGAAUCGAACGCUACAAGGAACGCCGAAAGCGCUCAUUAGAUGAUCCCGAGAUGAUUCAUUAUGGCGUUGAUGUUAAUGGUCACUUGUACCACUUGGAAUUGUGGCCUAAUAGAGAGUUUAUACACCCCGGCUUAGUGUUCGAAAAAAGAGACCCAGAAGCAAACAUAAAAGAGCGAAAUGUAAGGAGUUUGAAAGGCAAGAAAUUGUGUCAUUAUACGGGUAAAGUGCGGGGUUAUCCAAACUCGAAGGCAGCUAUUUCAACUUGCGAUGGCCUGGCGGGUUAUAUCGUAGUAGAAGGUAAUAAGUAUUUUAUUGAGCCGGUAGAUGAGCAUUCUCCAAAUUUUAAGGGGCAUCAUCUACACGUUGUGCACAAUAAAGUCCCCAAAGGUACACAGCCAACAUGUGGAACUAAAGAAUCGUGGGAUGAUGCUAUGAAGAAGCGAUUAAGAGAGCGAGCUUUAAGCGGAGAAGAUAUAUUUAAAGAGAAAAGAGAGUCCGAAAAUAUUAAUAGAUAUUUAGAAAUGGGAAUCGUUUGCGAUAAAUCAUUCCUCAAAUAUCACAAGCAACGAGAUGUGGAAUUGUACGUUCUUACCAUUAUGAAUAUGGUAGCUGAUUACUACCACGACUCAUCAGUAGGUCAUCAAAUGGACAUCGUAGUAGUCAGAAUUAUCUACUUGGAAAAGGAGGAGAAAGAAAUCGAUUUAGAAAUCAAUAGAGAUUCCGGGAAAACGUUAAAAAGCUUCUGCGAUUGGGCUAAUAAAAUUAAUACUCCCGAAAACACACCCAACCACUUCGAUAUGGCCAUGCUGUUAACCAGAUAUGAUCUGUGUGCACAGGCAGAGGAAGACUGUGAUCUAACUGGACUUGCUUUUGUUGGAGGCGCAUGUUCCAAAGCCGAGCAAUGUGGUAUUAAUGAGGAUGGCGGUUUGGUAUUGAGUGUGAUUGUUGCUCAUGAAAUUGGCCAUUUAAUGGGUGCUGAACAUGAUGAACAGUCUACACCUUGUCCAGUUCAAGACACCGAUGGAUCUUAUUUUGUUAUGUCUCCCAUAGUUAGCACUUACACGAUUAGAUGGUCCUCAUGUAGCAGAAGUUUAAUAAAUACUUUAAUCCAAAACAACUUGGCACAAUGCUUAAGUGAUAUUCCAGAAUCUACUUUGUACCCAUUUACGGAAAAUAUGCCGGGGGUAGUGUACGAUGCGAAUGAGCAAUGCAAAUUUAUGCUACCUGCCAGUUUAGGGGUUUGUUCCGCAGUUAAGGAGAAAAUUUGCGAGAAUCUAAUUUGCAAAGUAAACAAAAAGGAAUGUAUUGGCAAAAAUGAUGUCGCUGCUGAUGGCACAAAAUGCGCAGAAAACAAGUGGUGUUUUAAGAAGAAGUGCAUCGAAAUGGGUGCCAGACCGGAAGCAGUGAAUGGAGGUUGGGGCGACUUUGGUGCCUGGUCUGAGUGCACGAGAAGUUGUGGAGGCGGAAUCUCUUCUUCUGAAAGAGAGUGCAAUAAUCCAGUACCAUCAAAUAGAGGACGAUUUUGUAUUGGUGAAAGACGGAAGUUGAAAAUUUGCAAUCCUGGGCCUUGCCCAGAAAACGCUCCAACCUUUCGUCAGCAACAAUGUACAGAACAAAACUCAAAACCCUGGAAUGAAGCGUACCAUUCCUGGACAGCAAGUUUUCAAGAAAAAGAACCAUGCGCUUUAUACUGUGUAAGCGAAGAACAUGUUUUAAGCAAGCUGGAAGCUGCAGCUAAGGAUGGAACCCCUUGCAAACAUGGUACUAGAAACAUGUGCAUAUCUGGCGUAUGCCGUGUAGUCGGAUGCGACAAUGUAUUAGAAUCGGAAUCGGUUGAAGAUCGCUGCGGAGUCUGCAAUGGAGAUGGCACGCAGUGUAAAAUCGUAGAGGAAACUUACAAAGAUGUUGGCCAAGGUUACACAAAAGUUGUGGUAAUUCCUGCCGGUGCUAGAAAAAUUGUAAUAGAAGAAAAUGGCCCGUCUGGUAAUAUAAUUGCUAUUACUGACAGCAGCGAAAAGAAGUUCUAUCUGAACGGAGACGACACAGAAGCCCUCGACGGAGAAUGCAACAUUGGUACAUCAGUUGGAAUAUAUAGGCACGUUGAACCUAAAAAAGAAACACUUAUCAUUAACGGACCUCUUAAGGAAGACGUAGUCCUUUUUGUCGAUUUCUUUGAACAGAAUAAUCCGGGUUAUGUUUAUAAAUGGGCUGAGCAGUCUGUUGAUUCCACUUAUGAGCCCCGCUAUCACUGGGAAAUAGGGGAAUUUGAGGAAUGUUCGGUUGCCUGUGGAGGCGGCUCCCAAUCAGCAAAAAUCGAUUGUAUCGAGGAAAAGGCAGGCAAAGUUAGCAUGAAUUUCUGUGCCGGUUUAGAUCGGCCUAAGGAGCAAGCGAAGAAUUGUAAUGAGCAACCUUGCAAAAGGACAUGGAAAGUUGGUCCUUGGAGCCAAUGUCGAGCAUGUGAAAAUAAAGGAGGUGUCAGAUCAAGACAUGUGGAAUGUCUUGAGGAUAAUCCCAAGAAGGGUGCUGAAGGAAUUUUGCUGGAAGAUGAUCAAUGUGAAGGUCCAAAACCUGGUUCAGUUGAGCUUUGUGAAGCUGAAGAAAAAUGUGGUCACAAACGAAUGAUUUCGCCUUAUAUUCCCGGAAAGUAUCAGGGUCAGAUAUGGGAGCAAAUGAACCGAAAAUAUCUCGCAAAAAGAAAUUCCGCUGAAACAAUCGAACACCUUAAUCCAGAAUCAAGUAAUCGCUCUUCCUCCAAAAGCUCUCAGGAGAGUUCAUUGAAGGGCAACCUUGGCAAAAUGGCACACGAUUUUCGCCCGUUGGAUGAACAAAUUAUCAUGAAGUAUACAAUCCAACCAAAUCCCAUGAAAGCGAACUUGUCUGAUAAAGCCGAUGCCCUAAUGGGAGAUGCUUUGUCUGAUGUAAUUGAUACGGAGCACAAAAUGGUUUUCAAAGGGAAAGUGGCGGCAAAAAUGAAACAUCAGUUAGAACAUUACACAAAUGCAACGUUAGAAUUCAAUUGCCACAAGAAGAAAUGCAUAAAAACUAAAUCACUGAAAGUUAAAAAGAAUCGAAGGAAGCCCGAAAGGGAAGAUGAAGAAGAUGAUGUCUCUGAUUCUGGCGAGGAAGAAGAUUGAUAAUAUUCUGAAACAUUCAUCUAUUAUUUAUCAGCUAUACGUUUUACUUGUUAUAUUUUACUUUAUAUUACUGUAAUUACUAAAUAUGUAAUAUAGUAAUUAAAUAAU